AUGGAUUUAGACACUGCAGUAGCGAUAAGGGCCGUAAAGGCCACAUCAGCAGCAGCUCAUGCUGUUACUACAUGUGAUCCGGCGCUUCUCCAUGCGAGAGGUAUAGUUGCUCCUGGCAAUGAUGAUGCAGCAGCAUUGGCAGCUCUAGAUGCUUCUCGAUGUGCUGCUGCAUCUUUGGCAGCUCUAGAAGUUGCUACCCACUGUGCGGCCUCAACUAGCGCAGCUCAACAAGCUCGAGCAGCUGCAGCUCGCUGUGCUACGGAUGGUGCUGCUGCUGCAGCAUUUGCUGGCAGCUGUGUUGCGGCAUGUGGCGAUGCAGCAAUUUUGACAUCGGCGGCUCGAGAAGCUGCUGCCCGCUGUGUUCUGGCACGUGACGAUGCAACAACAGCUGAAUUGGUAGCUCGACAGGUCCCUACAUGGCCUGAUUUGGCAUCAAGCUUGGCACAUGACAAGGCAGCUCGAGAAUCUGCUAAAGGACACAAGAAAGCAUGUAAAGAUGCAGUCGCGGCAUCGUUGGCAGCUCGAAAAGCCGCAGUGGUGACGAAGCAGCGGUGGCAGCAGCGGCAGCUCGACAAGCUGCAGACCGCUGUGUUGCAGCUGAUGCAGAUGUUGUCCAAGCAGCAGCUGGAGAAGUUGCCGCCUGCCUUGCUGUGCCACUUGCCGAUGCAGCAGCGGUAA